AUGGAAAAUAGUAUAUAUGGUAAUACAAAUAGUAAAAACAAUUGUGAUAUAUAUCAAAAAAAUGAAAAAAAAAAUAAUGAUAGUGCAAAACAAGUAAUUGAUCUAAAUGACUUAGAUAAUUUAGAAGAAAAAAGAAAAAUUAAAAAUGAUAAAAAUUUAAUAUAUAAUAAAGAAUAUUUGUCUCAAAAUAAUACAAAAAAUAAUAAUUUAGAUAAUAUGAAUGAGGAUAUAAAUAAAAUCGAUAGUGUUGUGAAUAAUAAAAGAAAAGAUAACAAAAUAAUGGAUGAUUUAGAAAAGGAACAAAAUGAAGAAACUGAUGAUAUAUAUGUUAAAAGAAUAAUAAAUGUUGAAAUAACAACAAAAAUAAAAAAUUUUCUUGAAAUUUUUGCACAAGAAAAAGAAAAAAUAUUAAAAUGGUGUAACGAAAAUAAAUCAUUAUAUUCAAAUAAAAUAAAUGAAAAGACAUUGAAUAUAUUUUUUGAUAAAUUAAAAAAUAUUAAUCAAAUUUUGAAAGAAAAUAAUAUCAACAUAGAUAUAUUAAAUUUACUAUUAUAUUUUUAUAACUUAUAUUGUACAAAUAUAAACAAGGAAAAAAUAAAUGCCCACGACCUUAUGGCAAAUUCGUCUAUAACCUACAGAGGGAUAUACGAAAACAUUAACGAAAAUAGUGCAUCCUUUAAGAAUUUAUUAAAAGAAGAAAAAAAAUAUAAAAAAUUGAUAGGAGAAACAACUCAAAUAAAUGAGUUUUUUUCCAACUAUAAAAAGACAAUACCAUAUGGAAUAAACAUAAUUAUUGGAAUUUUCCUGACAUUUCUGAGCGGAUAUUAUGGAAGUCUUUUAGUUGGCAUCACAAAAUUUACAACAAGACUAAUAUGCGGUAUCGUCUUUUCUUAUAUCACUUUAAUUAUUGAAGUAAUAAUUUUUAUAAUAAUAAAUGAAAAAAUGAGCAAAUUGAAAAAAGGGCAAAAAAGGAUGAGUAGCAAUUAUAGUUUAUAUAAAAAGUUGCAUUUUUCUAAAAAGGUUAAUGAUAAAGGAAAAAUAGAAGAACUAAAAAAAGCUGAUAAACAAACAGCAAUUAAGCAAAGGAGAAAUAUAUAA